CAAACCCUAAGCUCUUCGCAUGUCUAUAUAUAUGUUUGUGUAAAGAAGAAAGGGGAAAGACAAAGUUGAGAGAGGGAGAGGACCUGAAAGCUGAGAGAGAUGGUAGGAGGAAGAAGAAGAUUAGGGAAGAGAGGAAGCCCUUCGUUGAGAUGGAGUGCGAAACAAGAAAGCUUCAGCCAUGGAUUCUCACAAUCUGACCUCCAAGCUCUCUCUGCCAUUUGCGACGCUAUUAUGCCUCCUGUUCCAUUAGAGAGUUUAAAUCUUGAGAUGAAGUUGAAGGUUUUACGCAACGAUGCACUCUUAUCUUUCUUCAAGUCUUCUACUUCUGAGUCUCAUGUUCGACCUGAUGAGGUGGCAGAGCUACUGGCGACCAAGGCAAUACCAUUGACAGUUUUAGUGGUGAGAAUAGUUUUGAGAAUACUCACAUUCAGACUGGGGACGUUACUGCUUUGCGGGUUCGUCUGUCUUGAUAAGAAGAAUUGGCCUUUCCUUCUCAAAUUCUCUGAAAUGUCCCUGGAGAAGAGGGAAAAGGUUCUACAGAGAUGGAACACACAGUGGGCAUUCGCUUUUGUUAGAGACUAUACAAAUGAAAAUUCAGAAAACCCAGCAUGGGAUGCAAUUGGUUAUUGCGUGGAAAUUGGAGAAAACGAGGGCAUGGAACAAAAUGAAAGACCUCUAGAGAAAGGGAUCAUCGAGACUGCAAAAGAAGAUGAGAUGACCAUCAAGCAACGUAUGAUCACCAAAGGCCUUAAAGUCACAGAAGACAGAGAAAGCGACACUUACAAGAUCGAGUGUGAUGCAGUGGUAGUGGGUUCUGGCUGUGGCGGAGGAGUUGCAGCUGCAAUCCUAGCAAAGUCGGGCCUUAGGGUGGUAGUUAUCGAGAAAGGGAACUACUUUGUCCCCAGAGACUACUCGGCUCUCGAGGGUCCUUCCACGUUUGAGCUGUUUGAGUCCAAUAGCUUGUUGAUGACUCAUGAUGGCAGGUUCCGGUUCAUGGCAGGAUCAACUGUCGGUGGUGGCUCUGUCGUAAACUGGGCAGCGUCCUUAAAAACACCUGACGCUAUCAUCGAAGAAUGGUCAGUGCAUCGAGGGAUUUCAGUAUAUUCUAGUGAGAAAUAUAAGGCGGCGAUGGAUAAAGUCUUAAAGAGGUUAGGUGUCACUGAAAAAAUCAUCAGCGAAGGGUUUCAGAACCAGAUUCUGCGGAAAGGUUGCGAGAAGCUUGGUUUGGAUGUGACAAUAGUGCCAAGGAAUUCAACAGAUAAACAUUAUUGCGGUAGUUGCUCGUUUGGAUGCCCAACCGGAGAGAAAAGAGGGACAGAUUCAACCUGGCUGGUUGAUGCAGUUAACAACAAUGCUGUGAUCCUAACACAGUGCAAGGCUGAGAAACUGAUCUUGGCAGAUAACAAUGCUCACCAAAGAGAGGAGAGCGGACGAAGAAAAAGAUGUUUGGGAGUCACAGCUUCUCUAUCCAACCGAACCAGAAAGAAACUUCAGAUCAAUGCCAAAGUGACAAUUGUGGCUUGCGGCUCGCUUAAGACACCAGGACUGUUGGCUUCAAGCGGGUUGAAGAAUCCAAACAUUGGUCGCGGUCUCCAUAUUCACCCUAUUCUGAUGGCUUGGGGCUACUUCCCAGAAAGAAAUUCAGACUUCCAAGGAGCGGCUCAUGAGGGAGAGAUCGUGACUUCAUUACAUUAUGUUCAUCCAAUGGAGGACUCCACCACACCUAACAUCACACUGGAGACUCCUGCUAUAGGACCAGGUACGUUUGCAACUCUCGCCCCGUGGGUCUCUGGGUCAGACAUGAAGGAGAGAUUGGCCAAAUACGCAAGAACAUCUCAUAUUUUUGUCAUGGUGAGAGAUGAAGGAGUUGGAGAGGUGAAAGGAGACAUUGUCAGAUACAGAUUAACCAAAGCGGACGAAGAGAAUCUGACAACCGGGUUAAAGCAAGCACUGAGGAUCUUAGUAGCAGCAGGAGCAACGGAGGUGGGCACAUACAGGAGCGACGGGCAGAGAAUGAAGUGUAGUGGAAUCAAACAAGAAGAUCUAGAGGCGUUUUUACAAACCGUAAACGCGCCAGCUGGAGUUGUGUCGAUGAGUAAGCAUUGGACACAAUCCUUUACAGCGCAUCAAAUGGGAUGUUGCCGUAUGGGUGCAACGGAAAAGGCAGGAGCUAUUGAUGGAAAAGGAGAGAGUUGGGAGGCAGAAGAUUUGUAUGUAUGUGAUGCAAGUGUUCUGCCUACAGCUCUUGGUGUUAAUCCUAUGAUCACCGUUCAGUCCACUGCUUACUGCAUAUCCAACAGAAUAGCCGAGUUAAUGAAGAAGAAAAAGAUAGACUGAUAAAAUGUAUGUCAAAAGUUUCAAGCUUUGUUUUUAUUUUACUGUUAUUAAUAAAACGAAGCAGCCUUAUAUAAUAGAUUUGCACUUUGAAG